AUGCUGCUCCUCGCGAUCCCCGCUUGCCCCUCCUUUCAAACUGUUCUUCCCUUGCUGCUCGCUCUGUUAGUCGUGUAUCCCGUAUCCCUUUGCGGAGCGGAGAGAGCGAACCGGUUCAAGUCAGUCACGCGCCUCGUCUUCCUACCUGAUAACGAGUACAGCUCGAAAUGCCUCGACGGAAGUACCCCCGCGUACUACUUUCCGCGCGGGGGCGGGCGCGGGAGGCGCAAGUGGCACGUGCAUCUGCCCCAGGGCGGCUGGUGCUUCUCGCCGCUCGAGUGCCGCGAGCGCGCCAACUCCCCCCUUGGCUCCUCGCACUUCUGGGCCACGCGCCUGCCUGCCGUUGUUGAAAACGGCGGAAAGAUCAACAAUCAUUGGCCUGCAGCUGCGUGCACUGGAGAGUGGCGCUGGAGAGUGGCGCUGGAGAGUGGCGCUGGAGAGUGGCGCUGGAGAGUGACGCUGGAGAGUGACGCUCCAGCACUGGCUGGCGGUACUCGGCAUCCGAGUCGUAUCCACAGCUGGGCGGGCUCCUAUCACAGGACAGCGCAACCAACCCCUUGUUCCACGGGUGGAACCUGGUGUGGGUGGUGUACUGUGACAGGUGGCGCCUACAGCAGCACGCGGGGGAGGGCGGACCUGGGGGAGGGCGCAUCGGUGUACAUGCAGGGGCGGCAGAUUCUAGAUGAUAUUAUAACUGGUGGGCAGCAGAUUGUAGAUCAUAUAACCACUGGUGGGUGGGGAGGGGAAGGGGGAAGGGAUAAAGAAGGCGUUGGGGGCCAUGGGGAAGAGUGCAAAGGAGGAGUAAGUGGGAUCUGUGCACGCAGAGGGGCAUGGGGGCGGCGUCGUCGCAUGUCCUAUUCUCGGGGCAGCUCAGCGGGCGGCCAUGCCAUCAUCAUGCACUGCGACCGCCUCGCUGCUGCCUUCCCCCACGCCAAAGCCACCUGCCUUGCCGACUCGGGCUUCUUCGUUGACGCCAAGGACCGCUUUGGGGUGUACUCGUGGCGGGAAUCCAUUCGCCAGCUCACCGCUCUGCACCUCAUUGAAGUGCACGUGACAAGAGGGGGAAAGGAUGGAUAUGGGGAGGGAAUGGGAGGGGAAGUGGAGGGAAUGGGGGAGGGAACAAGAGGGGAAGGGGGUAGGUAA